AUGUCCAACAUCAUUGACAACCCAGAUAUUGCAGGGGCUAAGUUGCUUGUUCGCACAAAAGGAUUUCUCAACCGUUCUUUGUUAUAUCCAUAUCUAUGGCCAAAGCUAGCCCUAGUCCCAGUUCUCUUUGAUGCCUACUUCUCUUACUGCUACGAGCAUGUGGAAAACGGGGCAUUUUUUUAUUUGAUGAUGGUGAACAUGAUAAUUGCUAGCUGGAUCCGGAAAAUAUUUAUACUCGUUUUUGUCUCCUGGGUAUUUCGUCUUUGUUUCCCUGGAUUUGAUUUCCAUAACUACUCCGCUGUUAACACGAUUACGGAAGCCAGUCAUAUUAGGAUUUUGACCAGCCCAAACCACAAAAGCGGUAAAGUCUGUCCAAUAUUCAGAAAAAAGUUCCAUGAUGGCGAAGAACAGGUUUUAUUUUUGUACCAGAGACGUCACUAUUUGCUCAAUGUUAAGACCCAGAGGUUUUCACCUCCUGCCUUCCUCUUUGAUGAAGAGCCUGAAUUGGCCAAUUUCCAGAGCUCGACAGGGCUCCUGGGUGACUUGGAAAAGCUUGUAAGAAACUACGGUAAGAACAAGUUUGAUAUACCAGUUCCUACCUUCAAGGACUUGCUCCAGGAGCCUACCAUUGCUCACGCCUUGGAGUUCGUAGCUUUCGGUGGAGCUCUUUCGAUUUUGAAUAAGAUGUGGUACCGCUCAUUGUUGUUGCUCGUUGUGCUUGUUUUGGUCGAGAUGACUACCUUGUUCCAGAGAAGAGCCGCCUUUGCUAAAAUCCAGGAAAUGGAAGUUACACCUUACACUAUCUACACAUAUAGAGAUGGCAAAUGGAAGCAGUUGAAGACCACUGAAUUGCUUCCUGGUGAUUUGGUUUCUGUCACCAGAACUAGCGAUGACUCUACGCUUCCCUGUGAUUUACUCUUAACAGAUGGUGCCGCCAUCGUUAACGAAGCCAUGUUGUCAGGCGAGUAUACACCUUUGUUUAAGGAGUCGAUCAAGUUAAGGCCCAGUGCUGAAAAGUUGCAACCAGAGGGUUUGGACAAGAACUCAAUUUUGCAUGGUGGUUCCUUUGUCUUACGAGUGACCAAGCCAGAAAACCCAAUUAUUCCCAUUGCUCCCGAUAACGGAGCUCUUGCCUAUGUGACCAAAACUGGCUUUGAGACCUCGCAAGGUUGUUUGGUUCGUAGGAAGAUUCUCUCCACUGAACAAGACACACCAGGCAUUAUUGAAGUUUUUCUUCUCAUCUUGUUAAUCUUACAUGACUUUGAACCUCAUAAAUGGUACGAAGAUAGUAAAGGAAUGAUUUCACUUUUCGGGAAGAUAAUACAUUCCACUCUGGAAUCAUUAGGGCUCGGCAAUGAAAAGUAG